AUGGAGCGAAGAUACUUCAACAUUGUUUUGAUGCUAGUAAAAAAAGGUGCUGAUCUACAAAUCAAGGCUGAAGAUGGGGUCACUCCUUGGGACUUGGCAGAUGAUGCAGAAAUGAUGGCAAAAGUGCUGAAAUUUUUCCCUCCGUGGACAGACACUUUCAACAAAUUGUUACAAAGUCUCUGGGAGCGUGGUAGAGUUGUCUUGUGGAACGGUUGCAAUCCUCAAGUUUCCGUAGUUGCCAACGCAAACAGUUGUAGGAUGAAGAAACUUCACGCCCUGUCUGACACAAGGGAAAAUGCCGAUCAGUAUACCAGCGGACUGAGUGUGGUCGUCCCGAUUCUGAAGGUCGAAGGAAAUAGUUUUGUAGUCUUGAAUCCCAGCUCUACCGACCAUGCCUCUCUGGUCAUUGAAAUAACCGAGACACCUCUGGAAGAUAGUAUGCAAGACUACACAACCUCCUUCAGCCACAGAGAAACCGGGAGGAUUAUGACCCUCGAACUUCACAAAUCCAUACAAGCCGUGGAGCUUACCCCAUGUGAGGGUACCAACAAGGUCAUAUGUGGCGAUUUAUUUGGGAAAAGGCCAGUGACCGAAGAUUUUGUACCCAUCGUUGGCCACAUUGUAGAUAAGUGGUUUGCUUUGAAAAUCGUGGAGGAUAUUGACACCAAAUUGAGAUUGAUCUUUCAAAGAGAGGACCUCCCGCCUGAAAAAAUUACGGGGCCAUCACAGUUGCAAUACAAUCGGGUCGGGUCAGACCAGGAGAAUCUCACCAUCUCUGCCGGAAUUGAGACGAUGCCCACCAGAUACAGCAUUGCAAAUUACAAGGAACCCGAGAAUCCAAAGCUCGAAGACUUGAGAGUGGACCCAGUGGAAAGUCUCGAGCCACUCGGUCGUGUUGAAGACAGAGAAGUGAUUCAGAAGCUGAUCAGAUUUAUUCACAAUUUUACUGGAGUUGAUUUACUGUCUGGGCGCCGAGAAGACAUCUCGCCAGAAUUUGUAGCCAUGAAUGGCGAGGUAUCUGGGAACUAA